UCCAAAGCUAAAAAGCAGGAAAUGCAACCCAUAUGAUCCAAAAACAGUGCUACCAUGCCCAUUACUUCCCAGCCUGUAAGAGACCAUGAAAAUCUGCUAGGGAGCCGACAUUCCGAGAUAAUUCCAAGCACCCCAUGUGGGAUUCUUCCAUUUAUUAUCGUCCGUCUUGUUUCUUUCUCGUUGUUACUGCCUUGUUCUUCUGCUCGGUUUCCUUGUUCUCCUUCUGUUUUGGAGACCGUUGGCUGAGAAAAUUCUUCUCAGGUUUCCUGACAAUUUGGUUUCCAUCAUGUGGGAAUCAGAGACCGAGUCAGUUGGAGGCAGAGACUAUGGCAAUGGCGUUCUUAGUUCUAGCAAGCAUGGGGUCAAGACUGACGGGUUUGAGCUAAGGGGCCAGUCUUGGUAUGUUGCAACUGAUAUUCCUAGUGACCUUGAAGUUCAAGUUGGGGAUGUUAAUUUCCAUUUGCACAAGUAUCCCUUGCUUUCUCGGAGUGGAAAGAUGAACAGGAUCCUAUAUGAAUCACGCGACCCAGAAUUGAAUAAGAUAGCUCUGGAUGACCUUCCUGGUGGACCUGAUGCUUUCGAGUUGGCAGCAAGAUUCUGCUAUGGAAUUGCUGUUGAUCUAACAGCAGCCAAUAUCUCUGGCCUGAGAUGUGCUGCAGAGUACCUUGAAAUGACAGAAGACUUGGAAGAAGGCAAUCUUAUAUUUAAGACCGAAGCAUUUCUAAGCUAUGUAGUUUUAUCCUCAUGGAGGGACUCUAUAGUGGUGUUGAAAAGCUGUGAGAAGCUCUCACCAUGGGCGGAGAACCUUCAAAUUGUCCGAAGAUGCAGCGAGUCCAUUGCUUGGAAAGCUUGUGCCAAUCCAAAAGGAAUAAGAUGGGCAUACACUGGAAGGGCCCCAAAAGACUCCAGCCCUAAAUGGAAUGACAUGAAGGACUCGAGUCCCAGUAGAAAUCAGCAGGUUCCUCCAGAUUGGUGGUUUGAAGAUGUUUCUCUCCUUAGGAUUGAUCACUAUGUCAGGGUCAUUACUGCAAUUAAGGUCAAGGGAAUGAAAUUUGAGCUGAUUGGAGCUGCAAUAAUGCAUUAUGCAGUAAAAUGGCUAACGGGUCUGAUAAGUGAUGCAACAGGGGCAGGAGACGAAGGAAGCAAUGGCUGCAAUAGUAAUACUAGUAUUAGCAGCAGUAGUUGGAAGGGGGGUCUCCAUAUGAUUGUGGCAGGAACUAAAGACGAUCUUCCUAUUGUUCAGGCCAAGGAUCAGAGGAUGAUCAUCGAGAGCCUCAUCAGCAUAAUUCCACCACAGAAGGAUAGUGUCUCAUGCAGCUUCCUACUUCGGCUGUUGAGAAUGGCAAACAUGAUGAAAGUGGCUCCCGCUUUGGUAACUGAAUUGGAGAAACGAGUGGGAAUGCAGUUUGAACAGGCUACAUUGGCAGAUCUUCUUAUUCCAUCUUACAAUAAAAAUGAGACAAUGUACGAUGUGGAUCUUGUUCAGAGACUUUUGGAGCAUUUUUUAGUUCAAGAACAGAUAGAAAGUUCGAGUCCGAGCAGGCAAUCUUUUUCUGACAAACACAUGUAUGAAGGUAGCCAUAGGGUUAAUAACCCAAACGCUAAGAUGAGAGUGGCAAGGCUUGUUGACAGUUAUCUUACAGAGGUGUCCAGAGAUAGAAACCUCUCCCUCACAAAGUUUCAGGUACUGGCAGAAGCUUUGCCUGAAUCUGCAAGGACCUGUGAUGAUGGACUUUACCGAGCAAUUGAUUCUUACCUCAAGGCCCAUCCAACGCUGUCUGAGCAUGAAAGGAAACGAGUUUGCCGUGUGAUGGAUUGCCAGAAGCUUUCAAUUGAUGCAUGCAUGCAUGCUGCCCAGAAUGAACGGCUUCCAUUAAGAGUGGUCGUGCAAGUCCUCUUCUCUGAGCAGGUAAAGAUAAGCAAUGCAAUAGCCAACAGCUCCCUGAAAGAAGCUGGUGAAUCUCAAUACCAGCCGGUGAUUUCAAACCGGAAAUCCCUGCUUGAAGGGACUCCGCAAUCAUUCCAAGAAGGAUGGACAGCUGCCAAGAAGGACAUUAACACACUCAAGUUUGAGCUCGAGAGUGUGAAAACCAAGUACCUUGAGCUCCAAAAUGACAUGGAGAAUCUGCAGAGACAGUUUGAUAAAAUGAUAAAGCAGAAGCAGACAUCAGCAUGGAGCAGCGGGUGGAAGAAAUUAAGCAAAUUUACGAAGAUGACCACUUUAGAAAGCCAGGAUAUUGGGCAUCAGCUCCCAAACGCUGCUGAACAGACUAGAAAGACACCUAGAAGAUGGAGAAAUUCAAUAUCCUGAUAGAUUAGAGAGCUGCAGUUGAAAAGAAAAAGAUACGCCCUAAAUUUUCAUCUUGUGUUCCAAAAUUCCUUUCGAUUUGUUUCUUUUAUUUGUGGGAGUAAAUGAAUCCUUCACUACAUGGCAAGGCAACUACCUUAGAAAACUCCCUUAGUUACAAUAAGCUACCAAAACAUGUCAUCGUGUCUGUUGUGAGUUUUUUGCAGUCUUUAUCAUUGUU